AUGCUUGUUAUUGAUCCACCCUACGGUGUGUUUUCGGCUUUGUUGACCCUACAUGAAUGCGUUAUACUUGCGUUACAGGCGGUUGCUGCAGUUCGACUUGCAUUACAUUCACCAAUUGGGAUUGCCAGUCAAUCAAGCAAUAGGCUAUCAAAACGAUCACCCGUUGAAUUGGGUGAUGAUAUCAAGAAAUGCUACACAAUGAAAGUCAAUGUUCAUGGAGUCAGUUUGGAUUUAUAUGUCGAUUCAACAAUGUCCGAUACAAUCUUGCCACUUUCUAGUUCAAGCAGCGAUGUGAGUUUGACUCCGCAACACACUCCAAGUGGGGAACCCGUUACUAUAGAGUACAAAGGCGAAGAGUAUAAAGGAAUUAGUUCCGACACCGAUGUGACGAUUCCGGGUACUAGUAUAACUGGCAUCAAUUUACCAGUAAUAUCAGUUGAAAAACAAUCACCAGAUCUAGUUGGUAUCAAUCCAGAGUUUGAUGGAGUAUUUGGCUUUGCCUAUUCCUCGUUGUCAAAACAUCAUCCACCAAUCACUGUGUUGGAUAGUUUGUACAAAGAUGGUGUCAUUCCUAAUAACGAGAUUGGUCUUCAACUAUGUCCUUCUGAUAUUCUGCAUGAAAGUUUCAUCAAUAUAGGAAACACGGACAUAACUGCAAAAUGCGGAACAGAUGGAACAAGUCUUAUAUGGGUAGAGUCACCAACAACCGAUCGCCAUACUGUCAACAUCAAGAAUAUACUAAUCGAUGACGAACCAGUGGAGCUGCCCGAGAGAUUUCAGCAAGUUGUGGAAAACGGACGUACUUUGUAUUCAUAUAUACAUACAUGCUUUAUACAUAUGCGUUUUCCUGAAGCGGUCGUGUCAACGUUGGUCAAUGCUAUUCUUGAUAGUGGUGCGAUCACUGUCAAAAAUAAUAUGCUUGAGCGCAGGCACAAGCUCACCCCGGAAGAUAUUGAUAACAUAUUUUGGAAACUUCAUCUAAUGAUUAGAUCCAAUUUUCGUAUUGAUUGGGACAAGCUGCCGUCGCUCACAAUCGUAAUGUAUUCUGAAACCCCCGUAACUGAUGACAAUCGCAAUUCUGUUGUAGCAAUCAAAUUGGGUCCCAAAGACUACAUACAGAUAAUUGAUUCUAAACAUGUCAUGUUUUCUGUAGAAGUUGGUCCAAGUGACAAUGCAAUUCUUGGUACAUCAUUUAUGAACCGACUUGGAUUGACAUUUGAUCGAGCACAUACACGCAUUGGGUUUGGUCCUGGAUGUGGAUGUGAGACUGCGACUGAUGGAUAUCCUACCAUCUCGAAUGCUGAUCAGGUGCUCUGGCCAUUACCACAAUUGCCUGAACAACCAAGUACUUCAAGUUCAGAUGGCACAUCUACUCUCGGGAUAUUGUCGCAACUUGGUAGUGCUCUCUGUGGUAGUAGACGACCAAAGUUUAAUUACGAGAAAGCUGGUGACUAA